AACCAUUACCCUGAUUUAGAGGCAUGGAAGUGGCAGCUACUUUGUCCAUCUCUCCGUCUGGCCAUUUUUCGGUGUGAUUUGCCCGGGCGAAAGCCAGAGGCAACCUUGCGAUCUACUACGUACUUCCUUGUCACUACGUCCCUUGACGCAACCCCAGAGCUUUCUCCGCGGUUAAGCAGCGAACGAAACAAUGUCUUCGAGCGGGGGAGAUGCUAAGCUAUUUGCGAGGGGAAAGGUCAACGAGCUCCGUAUGGAGCUCCAUGGCGGAGGCAAAAAGGAUAAGAAUCAUUCCGGAAAAAAGAUUGCAUUGAAAAGGAUCGUGGCAAAUAUGACAAUGAGCAACAAUGAUAUGGUUUCAUUGUUCCCUGACGUGGUUGAGUGCAUGACGAUUCCGAGCCUUGAGAUUAAGAAGAUGUGCUUUCUGUUCCUCGUCAAUUAUGCCAGAACGAAACCUGAUGUAGCAUUGAAAGCGCUACCGUUAUUGCUGGAUGAUUUGAACGAUAACAAUCCUCUUAUACGUGCUCUUGCCCUGCGAACCAUUUCAUAUGUCCAUGUUCGUGAAUUCGUCGAGGCUACCGUCCAACCAAUAAAACGGCUGCUCGAUGACGGAGACCCAUAUGUCCGUAAAACUGCGUGCUUUGCGGUUGCGAAGCUUUAUGACCAUGACAGGAGAACUGUGGAAACAUCAGACUUGAUUGAUAGGUUGAAUAGCAUGCUUAAGGAUGAAAAUCCAACCGUAGUAUCCAGUGCCUUAGCCGCAUUAAUGGAUAUAUGGGAAAGGAGUGAAGCCAUCACUCUUACAAUUGAUUAUGCGAGUGCGUCGAAGAUGAUAUCUAUUCUUCCAGAUUGCUCCGAAUGGGGCCAAACUUAUAUCCUAGAAGCGUUAAUGUCGUACGUACCACGAGAGUCAUCAGAAGCGCUCUUGUUGGCUGAGAGAGUCGCUCCGCGUCUCUCGCACUCAAAUUCUGCAGUUGUACUGACCUGCAUCCGCGUCAUUCUCUACUUAAUGAAUUAUAUUGCCGACCAAAGACAGAUCGCAUCCUUAGCGCGCAAGCUUUCGCCUCCGCUUGUGACUCUUUUGUCAAAAGGUCCUGAGGUCCAGUAUCUGGCCCUUAGAAAUGCAAUUUUGAUUUUACAAAAGCAACCAGAGGUUUUACGAAACGAUAUUCGCGUGUUCUUUUGCAAAUACAACGACCCGAUAUAUGUCAAGGUCACGAAACUUGAACUAAUUUUCAUGUUAGCAACCAGAGACAAUAUCUCUGUUGUACUAACGGAACUGCGGGAGUAUGCCACGGAGAUCGAUGUGCAUUUCGUUCGCAAAGCAGUAAGAGCGAUUGGAAAAUUGGCGAUCAAAAUUGAAUCCGCUUCCAACCAAUGCAUCGAAACGUUACUAGAACUUGUCAAUGCCAAAAUUCCCUAUAUUGUCCAGGAAGCAACGGUGGUCAUCCGCAACAUAUUUCGAAAAUACCCCAAUCAAUACGAAGGCAUCAUUGGAGCUGUUAUGAAGAAUAUUGAUGAGCUUGACGAACCAGAAGCAAAGGCAGCUAUAGUCUGGAUUAUUGGACAAUAUGCAGACCGAAUAGAGAACUCGGACGUCUUCUUGCAAGACUUCUUGGCAACUUUCCAUGAUGAGCCGGUGGAGGUCCAACUCGCACUUCUCACGGCGACCGUGAAAUUAUUCAUUCAACGACCCACCAAGGGCCAGCAGAUUGUGCCGCAGGUAUUAAAGUGGUGCACUGAAGAGACAGACGAUCCAGACCUCCGUGACAGAGGCUUCAUGUAUUGGCGUCUCCUUUCUACCGACCCUACGGCUGCAAAAGAUAUUGUAAUGGGCGAAAAGCCACCUAUCACUGCGGAGAGUGAACGGCUGGAUCCCCGUACGCUUGAGGAAUUAUGCCUGAAUGUUGGAACCUUAGCGACUGUCUACCUAAAGCCUGUACAACAAGUUUUCCGGAAUUCAAGACCGAAGAAACUAGGAAACAGCCCUGCUCUACAAAAACCACCGGCAAACGAGAGUACGAAUACGCCAUUCUCGAUACCAAUAUCUACUCUGCUUGCGGCGGGAAAUAACACCAGUCCUUCGAACCUUGGUACCAAUUCGGGGCUUGUGACCCCAGGAGGCGAAAUGUCUGCUGCUGUGAAUGCCGCGGAGGUGUACUUUGCUGGAGUAGGUAGCCAGCAGAUGGCAGCUAUGAGUUUGUCUGGUGGUGAUGCAGCAGGCGAUGGGCUAAAUGGCUCACAGCAAUCGCCAUACAUCGUGAAUCAGGCCGGCCAACAGGCAUACCAGCCGCAGGCAGUAGGUGGAGCGGCGACAGGUGAGUUGUUGCUUAUCUGA